GAUGACCCCUCUCCGUUCGCUUCUUCCGGUCAGACCACCCAAGGCAAUCUUUGAGCACCCUCAACUGCUACUACUUCCCUUUGCGACAUCAUGUCCCUCACCACUUCGUAUAUGCGCUUCUUCGCGCUCAUGACCAUCGCUACGCUCUUCGUCUUUGGCAUCAUGUCCAAGGCCACGCCCCUGCCUGGCGUCCCUGUGGACUCCAUGAAUAUCUUUGAUGCCAAUGUCAUCCGUGACCUCGAAUUCGGUGCUAAUCACAGCGAAGGUGAGUAAGCGAUGCCGUUGGUCCCACCCGCGACGUAGAUUCGACGAAGUCCUUUGGCUCAACGCCCACAUCGUCUCUCUUCCUCCAAACGCGGCCGCCUACUCUGCGCGGCUUUGACGCGGGCCGCAGCCAUCCCUACUCGCAACACCGGUCCCAAGGAGGUCCAUAUGAUGCCACGUAGCUUCUUCAGCCGCGUCAAAAGCUGCUAUCGGUGCUCAUUUGGCACUUUGAUCGGGAAGGACAACACCCCAGCGUACAAGCCUGCUUGUGAUGAAUGCAGCGGCGGUGAGGCGUUGGCCACCGAAAUUGCCACCACCCGUGACCUCAAUGACAUCGACGACACACAUGUCAUGCGACGAAGUUGGUUCAGCCACCUCAAGGCAUGCUCUCGGUGCGCGUACCGUAUCAUGUGUGCUGCCCCCUACCACCCACUUUUGGCAACUGACGCCGUCACUUCCUUCCUUCCAUCCUCCCUCUCGCUAGGUGGGGCGAAGUCUGGGGGCAUGCUGACGAGCAGAAAUAUAAGGAUGCUUGCACCAAGUGCCACCCUCCACCAUCCGAUGAUGGGUCAUGAGGUCGAAGAGAUGGAGGACAAGGCGAGCAAUGACGUGAAGUCGAGUUGCGCGACGCUGAGCGUCGUGCUGACGCGCAGUGCGCUUAGCUCAAUUCCUUACCUCGUCUUGAAUCUCGAUUUGCUCCAGACGUCUUCAUACGCUCUCUGUUGUGUCACAUCGAAUCAAAGAUCAGUGUCGUCAUUAUCGUGGUGGUGAGCUUCGCAGCACCGUCGAGAUGUGGUGGUGUUGAG